AUGUCUGAAAAGCAAGAUAAACAAGAAUCUCGUGCAAUGACUAGCAUUGGAAGCGAUGUUGGAUGGGCUACCUUUAAAACCAAUCAUUUGGUUUUGUACUUUAUCAUUUUAACAUUGUGUUGUGUUGGAUUGUUUGUGUCAAAUUGUGUUCAAGGAGUUUUCUUUAAGAAAAUGGCUGAUGACAUGCCAAGUGGACCUUAUUUCAUUUUGGUCACUUGUUCUGCUAGUUUUGUGGUUGUAUUUGGAGUUUGUUUGGUUGUGAGAGAUGUUUAUGAGAAAUAUUUGGAAGUACAUAUAAAUGCUUUUAUUGGAAAAGUUUACAAAAAGUUCUUGAUGAGAAGAAAGGCACUUCGUAAUGGUAAACAUCAAGAGAAUAGUUCAUUGUUGAAGGGUGAUUCUGUUUCCUCUGGAUUGGAUCAAUCAAACUCUUCACUUAAUGCUUUGGAAAAUGAACAAGAAUCGAAUGACGUUGAAGAAAUUGAGAAGAAACCAGUCAAGAGAGGAAGACUUUCCCAUCGGUCUCUCUUCGUUAUUGGUGCCUUGGAUUCCAUGAAUGGUUUACUCGUCUUGUUUGCUGCACAUGCCACGCCAGCUGCUUUGCAACCUAUCCUGUCACAAAGUGCUGUGCCAAUGACAUUUGUCAUGGCUUAUAUUUUGAUUCACUUACCAAUCAUGUUGAAAAAGAGACCAUUUUCUGAGAAUAAGUCUUAUUGGAAACAUACCUUGAAAUUCUUUUCGUUGGAAUUGCUUGCUGCAUUGAUUGUUUUGGCAGGUGUCAUUGUCACCUUAAUUCCAGUUUUCAUCAAAAUUGCCAAUGAUCCAAAAUCAAUGGACGGUUCAGUUUUCUGGUCCUUGAUCUUUUUAGUAGGUAUUAUUCCUGGCUCCUUAAUGUCAGUCGUCCAAGAACUCUAUUCGAAACAACAUCAAAAACUUGAUUAUUUGCAUUUACUCUUGUGGGUCAGCAUUUAUCAGAUUGUAGUCGAUGCUAGUUCAUUCUGGUUCAAUAUGGUUGUUCCAGGUGUUGGCAUUCACAACUUGAGCGAUUUAGGUAACAUGUUCGAUCGUGGUUUCGGUUGUCUCUUCAAUCAAAAUCAAACAUCUCCAAUCGGAAACUAUACUAAUCUCAAUCAAACCUUCCAAUUUUCCAACUAUUCCUCUUCCAACACCACCCAACCAACCUCCCUCGAUGGCUGUGGCAUGGCCAGCUUGGACACUUUCGUAUUCAUCAUGGGAUACGUCGGCACCUACGCUUUCACUGCAAUUCUAUUGAAAAUGACUUCGAGCAUUACCUUGAUUUUGAUUAAUUCAUUUGUGGCACCGGCAACUGAUAUUUUGUUCUUUAUUUUGGGGAUGGAUGAGUUUAGUUGGUAUACUGGUGGAGCUAUUGUUAUCAUAACUGUUGGAGUGUUGAUUCAGAUAGGUUCGGAUUAUUUUAAGGAGAAAUCGGCAAAGUUGUUGGAAAGUAAGGAAGAAAGUGAGAAGGAAAUGAUUUUAUGA